AUGAACGGCAAAUUAAAUGCUUCUUUAAUUACCGGCACUAACAUUGAAAACCCUGGGGCAGAACCAGGGGAAGUCUUAAAAGCCAUUAGCCGAAGAGAAGACCGAGCUUGUGUGAUUUGUUUUGACGAGAUUGAAAAGGCAGCCAGGGAGUGUAAAGAGGCUGCUGGGAUACCAACUGAUAUAACUGGCAAUAAGAAUUUCACCGAUACUUUUUUAGACUUCCCAACCCCGACCAAUGAAUGUAUCUUUAUUGCUACCGUGAACCGUCCGGAAGAUGUACCCAACUUUGUGGCCGAUAGAUUUGCCAUCAAAGUAGAAGUCUUGCCUUUGCCUUAUGGGGAAAGGUUAGAAGUAGUAAAGGUAGUUUUAGCUGGGGAGUUAAAGAAGCUCAAUAAUGCUUUCCAAAGAAUUUACCACCAAGACUGGCAAGCUGUGUUUAACCAUGAUUUUUUAGAGCCUGAAUUGGCUUUGCCGGGUGAUUUAGUGGGUUAUAAUUGGGACUUUUUACAAAGAGAAGGCAAAGACGAAAGUUGCCCGUAUGGCAAAGAUAUAAGGAAUAAUCACAAACAAAGUAAUCUGAUUACUGAAACGGAUAUUAAUACCCGAAAGGAAUUAUGGGAUAGUUUGUUUUUGUUUGUGGAUUUUUCCCGAAUGAAAGAAGAGUAUCCGAAUAUGUGGAGUAAGGAUUAUCGACUUUUACCUUUACCCAAGCCUUACCAAGAAACCAAGCAAAAAUUCACUAAUUAUUGCCAAGGGUUAAAUGACAAAGUAGAGAACUUAAUUAAUUCUUAUGCUGGUUAUUUUCAGCAAAACAUUUAUCCAGUCCUAGAAAGCCCCGAGGGAGACAAGACUUUGCUGUUUCGAGCCAAAAGACUACUCAAUAAUAAAGUGAUUGGGGAGAGUUCCAGUUUAUUCACUGACUUGCUUAUUUGGGAAGUAGAAUGA